GGAGAAGCGGCCGAAAGAGAUGCUCCGCCCACUGCGCCGCCUUGCCGAUGUGGCAAGGAGGCCAGCAGCAGCAGCGGGUGCACAGCGUGCCAGCGUCCGGUGGAUGUCCGAUGAAGUGCCCGCAGAAGCCUGGCUGCAGCCAAAGACUCGUAGGAUGGAUGGACAGGCAGGGGAGAGGCAGACAGACAGAUGAGUGGCAGAUUUCUGUCGGCAGGGUGCCUGCCGACCUCUUGCACGUCGGUGUGUGUCUGUGAGUCUGUGUGUGUCCUGAUCUGCCUGUUGCUGUGUGUCCUCGUGUGUGGUGUGUUGGUGUCAUCAGAGGUGACAACUUUGCCGAACGGGCUGCGUGUGGCGACCCAGCAGACCUUCGACGAGACGGCCACCAUCGGUAGGUGCAGAUGUCAGCUUCGCAUGACAGUCUGACUGUCUGUCUGUCUGUCGUCUAUGUGCAGGUCUGUGGAUCGACAGCGGGAGUCGGUAUGAGACCAAGGAGACCAAUGGGGCCGCUCACUUCCUCGAACACAUGGCAUUCAAGGUCAAUCACACAACCACACACAACCAGACAGACAGACAGCCGAACAAACAAUCACCUUAUCUUUCUGUCUGUGUGUGUGUGUGCUUGUCUGUCUGUGUGUCUGUCUGGUGUCAGGGAACGAACAAGCGGAACCGUCUUCAGCUGGAGAAGGAGAUUGAGGACAUCGGCGGACACCUCAAUGCCUACACCUCCAGGGAACAGACUGUGUAAGUGUGUCAGUCGCCUGAUGGAUGGAUCCAUGCUGCGGGUCUUCACACGUACGUGUGUGUGUGUGUGCUUGACUGACUGGUCAGGUACUACGCCAAGGUGCACAAGCAGGACACCAAGCAGGCCCUCGACGUGCUCUCAGACAUCAUCCUUAACUCACAAAUCACACCUGGUCAGUCACCACACCACAUACAUACACACACGUCUGUCUGUCUGUCUGUGCGAUGGAUGAGGGAAUGGCGCGUGAUAUGUGUGUGUGUGUGUGUGCGUGUGCGUGUGUGUGUGUGUGCAGGUGCGAUCGAGGAGGAGCGCGCGGUGAUUCUGCGCGAGAUGGAGGAGGUCGAAAAGUCAAUGGAAGAGGUCGUCUUCGACCGAAUGCACCAAUCGGUAUGCUCACACACACGAGGACACAUGCUUGUCCACACGCCACACCCCCUGCACCGCGGACAUCCACCGUGUGUGUGUGUGCAUCAGGCGUUUCGUGACUGUUCUUUGGGCUACACCAUUUUGGGUCCGGUCGAGAACAUCCAGAACAUGCGCCGGGAGCACCUCCUCGACUACAUCAAGAGGAACUACAAGGCGGACAGAAUGGUAUCAACAAAGGCGACGAGAGGAGAGAGAAACAAAGGAAGAGUCCAUCGGUGCUGUAACCACGCUCAGGUGAUCGCUGCUGCUGGUCCGGUGGACCACAAGGAGAUCGUGCGGCAGGCCGAGCAGUUCUUCGGCAAGGUCAGCACACUUGCGCAACGCCCAUCCACCGAUCCAUCUCUGCCUGCCUGUGUGCCUGUCUGUGUGUGUGCAGGUUGCGACGACGCCCGACGAUCUGGUGCAGCCCGUUGAGGAGAAGCCCUACUUCGUUGGCGCGCAGCUCCUCUACCGGUGAGUGAGUGACUGAGUGAGUGAGUGAGUGAGGAGAAGACGUAUCUGUGGCCAUCGGGGCUCUCUCUCUCUCUCUCUCUCUGCACGUGUGUCUGUGUGUCUGUGUGUGUGUGCAGUAACGACGAGAUGGGUCCGACGGCCUACAUCGCCGUUGCCUGGGAAGGGGUCCCAUGGAAAUCACCCGGUCAGCCAUACGUUGAUCCAUCAACACGGCACGGAGAAAGACGCUUGUGCGUUGUGUGUGUGUCUAUGUGUGUGUUGUGUGUGUGAUUGAUGCAGACGCGCCGGCGUUCAUGGUGAUGCAGUCCAUCAUCGGCAGCUACAGAAAGGAAGACCUCUCAAACAUCGUUCCGGGUAUGGAGAAACACACACGCAGACUUAUGCGCUCGUGAGUACGACCCUGUGUGUGUGUGCAGGUCAGGUGUCGGGCAAUAUGACGAUCCAGCGCAUAGCGACCAAGCAGAUGGUGGGCUGCGCCGACGCAUUCAGCGCUUUCAACACGCACUACAAAGACACCGGUGGGUGAGCCUGCACAUGCUUGACUCACACACACACACAUACAUGGUGGCAUUUGUGUGUGUGUGUGUGUGUGUGCAGGUCUGUACGGCUGGUAUGCGGAGUGUGACGAGGUCGCUGUGACGCACUGCACCCAGGACAUGAUGUUCGGCAACACAUGCAUGGCCUACAACGUAACACACAGACGCACGCACAGAAUGACGUACUCACGCAGAUGCCCAUGUGUGUGUGUGCAGAUCACCGAGGAGGAAGUCAAUCGCGCCAAACUGCAGCUGAAGGUCAGUCCUGCCUCAGACACACACACCAAUGCGGCUGCGUGUACGUGUGUUCAUCCAUCCAUCCAUCAGACCCAGAUGCUCGGCGCGCUGGACUCGACCACAUCGAUCGCCGAAGAGAUCGGCAGACAACUCCUGUAGGCCUUCGUAGCCCACACACACACGCCAGCAGACACACUCGUUUGUGUUUGUGUGUCGACUGAUUACCCCUCAGUGUGUACGGCCGUCGUAUGCCCGUGGCCGAGUUCAUCAAGCGCAUCGACGUCAUCGACAGUGAGGAAAUCAAAAGGGUCGCGUGGAAGUACCUCCACGACCGGGUAAGACGCUGUGACCGCACACACCCCCUCCCGCCCACACAAACCAUCGCGACUCUGUGUGCGUGUGUGGUGCACUGCAGGAGAUCAACAUAGUGGGCAUGGGUCCUCUGCACGGGAUGGAGAGCUACCCCAAAGUCAGGAACCAGACCAUGCUCUACAGAUACUGACUGAAGCGCCGACGUGACGCAUCGACGGACGACCCACUCCCUCGUCUCACAUGGCGAGAAUGAAGUUGUUCUCAUGCUGGACGCAGUGCGAUUUGUUCACUUUGCCAUGCGCAGAGACAGGCAGAGAGACAGAGAGAGAGAGAUGGCGUGCAGGGAGUGUUUUCCUGUCAGCAGUAAGUACACACGUCCUUGUGUCCGCUUGUGUCUGGUGAAGGUGUUGGCGUUGCAGGGUGGACAAGUGGGGUCGUGCAUUGCAUGAUGAGUGAGUGGACUGACUGUUGUGGUACAGACAGACCACAGGCCUUUAAACCGUUGAUCGACACUCUU